UUCAUAAGGACUGUCUUCUGGAAUUCUGCAGGUGGAAAACUUGUUGCUCAGUAACCAGGGGACCAUCAAGCUCUGUGACUUUGGCAGUGCCACGACCAUUUUGCAUUACCCUGACUACAGCUGGAGCGCCCAGCGGCGGGCCCUGGUAGAAGAUGAGAUCACCAGGAACACCACACCCAUGUACAGGACGCCAGAAAUCGUGGACUUGUACUCGAACUUCCCGAUCGGCGAGAAGCAGGACAUCUGGGCCCUGGGCUGCAUCUUAUACCUGCUGUGCUUCCGGCAGCAUCCUUUUGAAGAUGGAGCAAAACUUCGAAUAGUCAACGGGAAGUUCUCGAUCCCCCCUAAUGACACCCGGUACUCCGUGUUCCACGACCUCAUCCGUGCCACGCUGAAGGUCAACCCCGAGGAGCGGCUCUCCAUCACAGAACUGGUCAACCAGCUCCAGGAGAUCGCGGCCGCCAGGAAUGUGAACCCCAAGUCUCCCAUCACUGAG